AUGAUAGGCCUUGGAGGGAAUCUCGCCGUUGGAGAUGCUCACGGCCUUCGCGAGAUGAUGGAAGCCCAAUUCAAAGCUAUGAAGGCUCUUAAUGUUGCGAACUUUGCGAACAUUUCCUUGAAAGUCUACCAUGCCGCCGCAUCGGAUGGUCAUCAGGUGGCCAUACACCAUUACCGCAAAGAGUCCGAUACUGCAGAAGAUACACUAAAGCCUGCAGUUCUUCACUUCCACGGAGGGGGAAUGAUCUUGGGAAGUGUUGAUCUUCUUGAAAAUGGAGUGAAAGCAUAUGUGGCUACCACAGGAUUGGAUAUCUUCUCGGUUGAUUACCGGCUGGCACCGGAAUAUCCACAUCCGGUACCAUUUGAGGACUGCUACACGUCUUUGCUAUGGCUCAAUAACCAUGCUGCCGACCUCUCCAUCGAUCCCCGGCGAAUCGCAGUUAUGGGCCAGAGUGCUGGAGGUGGACUUGCGGCGAGUGUGGCACUGGCAGCAAGAGAGAGGAAGUUAUACCCACCAUUAGCGAAGCAGAUCCUUAUCUAUCCAAUGCUGGAUGAUAGAAAUGUCGAGCCCAACCCCCUACUCGAACCCCAUCUCACAUGGAGUACUGCGGACAACCGUACAGGCUGGGGGGCAUUGCUGGGCCAUAAUAUGGCAGGUGAUAAUGUCUCAGCGUAUGCAGCGGCGAGUCGGGCAGAGAGCCUGGCUGGCCUUCCAAGCACAUAUUGUGAUGUUGGCAUGUACGACCUCUUUCGUGAUGAGGAUAUGGUUUAUGUAAUGAGGCUUGCUCAAGCCGGUGUCGAAACUGAAUUCCACGUCUAUCCAGGAGCUCCUCACGCGUUCGAGUUCCUUGCAGAUACGUGGCAAGCAAAGCUAGCGGAGGUAAACAGAAUUCGAGCUCUGCAGAGCUUUUGA